AUGAUGCAAGAAAUUGAAGUAGAAACUGCCAUAGCAGAUAAAGCUGCUGCGCAAGUAAGAGAAGACCAAAAGGUUGCCAACGUGCAAGCGGCCGCAGCGGAAGAACUAAAAAAGGAUUGUGAAGCAGAUUUAGCAUUAGCGCUACCGAUUUUAGAAGAUGCGAUUGCUGCUUUAAAUACCUUAAAGCCAGCAGAUAUUACAAUAGUCAAGUCUAUGAAAAAUCCCCCUGCAACUGUUAAGUUGGUAAUGGCGGCAGUAUGUGUUAUGAAAGGAAUACCUCCUGAUAAAAUACCCGAUCCUGAUAACCCAGGUAGAAAAAUACUUGAUUAUUGGGGUCCAAGUAAGAGGAUUUUGGGUGAUAUGGGAUUUCUAGAUUCUCUAAGAAACUUUGAUAAAGAUAACAUUCCUGUUGCUACAAUGCAAAAAAUAAGAAAGGAAUACCUCUCGCACAAAGAUUUUAAGCCCCAUAUAAUAGCUAAAGCUUCUACAGCUGCUGAAGGGCUUUGUAAAUGGAUUAUUGCUAUGGACAUGUAUGAUGCUGUAGCUAAAGUGGUUGCACCUAAAAAGGCGAAAUUGGAAGCAGCGGAGAAAGAGUUUUCUCAAACAAUGGCUAUAUUGGAAGAAAAGAAAGCAACUGUAGCACGUCUAGAAGCUCGACUUGCCGAAUUAAAUGAGGCAUUAGAGGAAGCAAAUAUAAAGAAAAAAGCAUUAGAAGAUGAUGUUCAAUUAUGUAUAGAUAAAUUAUACAGAGCCGAAAAGUUAAUUGGUGGCUUAGGGGGUGAAAAAGUUAGGUGGACUGCAGCUGCUGCAAACCUUCAAAAGUUAUUUGAUAACCUCGCGGGAGAUAUUUUAGUGUCCUGUGGAAUUAUUGCUUAUCUUGCACCGUUUACAUUGCCAGCGCUGCAAAUCGUGCUGCUC